GUUUCCUCUCAAUUUUCUCGGCAGUUUCUCUCCAUUCUCUCGGUAGCUCACCAGCUUCUCGACUUCCAGAACAAUGGAAAACGAAAUCGCGCCGUUCACUUACAGCGCCGGAGCCACUGGGAUCAUGAACUCUCACGGAGAACCGUCCUGUGAUCAACUCUACUACUCCACUCGCAACGUCACGCAGCAGCGCCGCCAAGAUAUGGUGAAUCGAGAGGCACUGUGUUACACGCGCCUCCACGAGGCAUCUCUGGAAGCGGAAGCACUCCGUCUAGAGAACACCGAGCUCGGAUCGCUGAACCUCCACCUCAAGAAAGAGCUUGACCACCUCAUCCGAUCAUCCUCUCUCCGCAACCGUCUCGGUUACGACAGGGCUCCGCUUCGCAAUCUUUCCGUCGGAGGGAAUAACGAGAAUCGUAACCCCGAGGCGGAUCAGAAUCGAGAUGGUGACGUCAGCGAUGAGAGUCCGACGAGCGUGAUCGCGAGUGAGGAUGUGAACCGCUCUUCGCUGCCGAAGAGCAUCUCGGUGAGAUCGAGCGGUUACUCGAAGGCGAGUCAAGGAGGAGCUGGCGGUUAUGGUGCCGUCACCAUAACUAAGCCUGGGACUUGUGGGGACCAGCAACUCUCUACCACGCAAAAGGUAUAUGUACGAGGGGGAGGGAAGAAAGAAGAGGAGGAGGAGGAGGAGAUAGAAGUGGAGGUGUACAACCAAGGGAUGACAAAGACAGAGCUCUGUAACAAGUGGCAAGAGACAGGGACAUGCCCAUACGGUGACCACUGCCAAUUCGCUCAUGGAAUCAAAGAACUCCGCCCAGUCAUCCGCCAUCCUCGUUACAAGACUGAGGUUUGCAGAAUGGUACUUGCUGGUGACAUCUGUCCUUAUGGCCACCGUUGCCACUUCCGCCACUCACUAUCCGAGCAAGAGAAGCUCAUGGCCGCUGCUUGCAAACCCAACAACAAGUCCUCCUUCAAGCUGGUCAAAUGA